AUAAUCGUGUGUAAAAACUCUUUUCAACUAUUAUUUUUCACAAAAUAAUUUUGCGGAUCAGAUUGCCCGGAGCGCUUGUGUUGUUUACCAAGAAAAUGCAGCCCUGUUGGUCUUUAUUUCUGUAUCACAUCGCGGUGAGUUUCUAUUUCUUGGUAAUUCGGUUUGUGAAAUGCAUCAUCAACGGUGAUUGCAAGAACUAUUGCAAUCCCUGCGGUUUUCCUCUUGGUAAAUGCGUUCUGGUCGUGACCAAGGGUGGUGUCCCAAAUCGGCCGGGAAUAAGGCUAUUGUUGCAGAACAAAAUGCCGCAACCACUGCUGUGGUAAAUAUGUUCCAGCAGAACUGCCCACCGCCGUCGGUGUAAUGAUUUCGAUAGCUGAACAAACGCCAUCUCCUGGGCAUUCCCACAGCUUGCCGACACUAGCUAUUAUAUCACGUGUGAAUGCAACUGCGGCUAAAUUUGGUUAUUAACAGUGCAAUAGUACCAUGUCAUUGGCAAAAACAGUAAGGGCUGCUGGCACAUAGAGGUUGUAAAGUUUUUGGUAUCGAUGAACUUACUCGAAGAAGACGAUGGCCGAAAACAUAUGAUGAAACAUCUUCUGGCAAGCCUUUGACAAUCGUUAAGUCAGACGGAGGCUUCGCAUACGAUAUUUCACACAUGGCUGGAAUUCGUUAGCGGACAGAGCACACAUUUACAAAAUAUUUAUCGUUCUGCAGAACGUGCAUGCAUAUUCGAUUCCAGCCAGUGGCUGAAAUGGUAUUACGAUGGCAACUAGCAAAUGAAAGCUGCCAACUAAGUUGCUAUAUUGGCAACUGCAUUCUUGUGGCUGCCGGGAAAUUUUGGUUGAGAUACUUCAUUUCUUUUUUCAACUUUUUUUUAAUUGUACCACCUUGAACUU